AUGACUGUUAUUGAAACGGUUAAGAGUGCCGUGGGGUUGUCGGAGACCUCCGCAACCCGCCAGGAAAUGUCGGAAGCCCGUCUUCCUAUGCAGUACAGAGAUUCAUGCGCACACCUGCUGAUUCCGUUGAACCGAUGCCGGCAAGCAGAGUACUACCUUCCCUGGAAGUGCGAGAAUGAACGCCACUCAUACGAGAAGUGCCAGUACGAAGAGUUCAAGAAGCGUGUGGCCAAGAUGGACGAGCUGCGUGCCGCCAAGGACGGCGCCCGGAGCAACUGA